AAAGGAGAAGAAAAAUAAUGGGUCUUCAAGGUUUUCGAUGUUCCAGUAUAAUUAUGUUCUACCUUUGCCUCACAACCUCCUUCAUCUUUCUCUAUGCAAAGGGAGAAGUCUAUUUUGUUGGUGAUGACAGAUAUGGUUGGGAUGACUUCUUCGAUUUCAGCAACUGGACUCAUGGAAAAGAGUUUCAUGUUGGUGAUGUUCUUGUGUUCAAGUACGAAAGCAGCCUACAUAAUGUGUUACAAGUUGAUUCCACAGCUUAUGAGAAUUGCAUAAAGGACUCAUAUGCACAAAGAUUCACUAGUGGCAAUGACUCGGUGGUUUUAGAGGAAGGCAGAGCAUGGUUCAUAUGUGGAGUAGGUGAUCACUGUGAAAAUGGACAGAGGCUACAAAUUGCUGCAACUCCAUAGCUAAUUAAUAAACUUUUAUAUUGGAGUUCUACUAGC